UCCCUCCUCAUCCUCCUCCCCCUCCCUCCCCUCGCUCGCUCGCUCGCUCGCUCUCUCUCGUGCACUCUCCAGCCAGCCCCUCUCGCCGCUCACUCCUGCCUCAAUAUGUCUCAAGAUGGCGGCCAAUGUGGGAUCGAUGUUCCAAUAUUGGAAGCGCUUUGAUUUACAGCAGCUGCAGAGGGAGCUUGAUGCCACGGCGACAGUGUUGGCAAAUCGACAAGAUGAAAGUGAACAAUCGAGAAAGAAGCUCAUUGAACAAAGCCGUGAGUUCAAGAAAAACACUCCAGAGGACUUGCGGAAACAGGUAGCUCCGCUAUUGAAAAGUUUCCAGGGAGAGAUUGAUGCCUUGGGUAAAAGAAGCAAAGAAGCAGAGGCAGCGUUCCUGAAUGUCUACAAGAGAUUAAUUGAUGUUCCAGAUCCUGUUCCCUCUCUCGAUCUGGGGCAGCAGCUCCAGCUGAAAGUCCAGCGCAUGCACGAUAUUGAAACAGAGAACCAGAAACUUAGGGAAACCCUCGAGGAAUACAACAAAGAAUUUGCAGAAGUGAAAAACCAAGAGGUGACAAUAAAAACACUUAAAGAGAAAAUCCGGGAAUAUGAGCAGACCCUGAAGAGCCAAGCCGAGAACAUAGCUCUGGAAAAGGAACAGAAGUUGCAAAAUGAUUUUGCAGAGAAAGAAAGAAUGUUGCAAGAGACGCAGAUAUCAACAGCCUCAAAGCUGGAGGAGGCCGAACACAAAGUGCAAACUCUACAAACAGCCUUGGAAAAGACACGGACGGAAUUGUUUGACCUGAAGACAAAAUACGACGAGGAAACCACCGCAAAGUGUCAGGGCAGGGGAGAUAAUCGAUUCGAAGAAAUAUAUAUAGGUGGCAUCCUGUGUUGUGGUGAACACUGUUCUGGAAAUUCUGGAGCGGGGCACGUGAACGCGAGAUCGUGGGACGUUAUUCUGACAGCUCAUCUCUUCUUCCUUUUUAAGCAACUGGAAGAAAAACUGAAGGGGCAAGCUGAUUAUGACGAGGUCAAGAAAGAAUUAAACAUCUUGAAGUCCAUGGAGUUUGCACCGUCUGACGGCUCCAGCGCUCAGGAUGCUGCGUCCAAACCACUGGAAGUCCUACUUCUGGAGAAGAACCGCCUGCUACAGUCCGAGAACGCCACGCUGCGGAUCACGAACAGUGACCUGAGCGGGUCAGCCAGGAGAAAAGGGAAAGACCAGCCUGAGAAUCCGCGUCCUGCAACUUUGCCAGCCUCCCCUCCUUCUCAGUUGCCCCGCAACGCAGGGGAGCAGGCUUCCAAUACUAAUGGUACUCACCAGUUCUCACCAACGGGUUUAAGUCAAGACUUUUUCAGCUCGUCUUUGGCAAGCUCCGGCUUACCCCUGGCUUCUACAGGAAAAUUUGCACUAAACUCUCUCCUCCAGCGCCAGCUUAUGCAGUCCUUCUAUUCCAAGGCAAUGCAGGAAGCAGGAAGCACAAGCAUGAUUUUUUCAGCAGGUCCCUACAGCACAAACUCCAUAUCUUCCCAAAGUCCUUUGCAACAAAGCCCGGACGUCAACGGCAUGGCCCCGUCGCCCAGCCAGUCGGAAAGCACCGGCAGUGCCUCCGAAGGCGAGGAAAUCGACACGGCCGAAAUUGCACGUCAGGUCAAAGAGCAGUUGAUCAAGCACAAUAUUGGACAGCGGAUAUUUGGACACUACGUUUUGGGGCUUUCGCAAGGGUCCGUGAGCGAGAUCCUGGCUCGGCCGAAACCGUGGAAUAAGUUGACGGUGCGAGGCAAGGAGCCGUUUCAUAAAAUGAAGCAGUUCCUGUCGGAUGAGCAGAACAUCUUGGCGUUGCGGAGCAUCCAGGGCAGGCAGAGAGAGAAUCCAGGCCAGAACCUGAACAGGCUAUUUCAGGAAGUACCGAAACGAAGAAAUGGGUCGGAAGGUAACAUCACCACCAGAAUUCGAACCGCAGACGCAGGCUCCGACGACGCUAUCAAAUCCAUCAUAGAGCAAGCGAAAAGGGAGCUUCAGGUGCAGAAAACAGCUGAGCCCGCUCAGCCCCCUUCUUCCUCCAGCAGUGGCGGUUCCGACGAUGCCAUUCGCUCCAUCUUGCAGCAAGCCCGGCGUGAAAUGGAAGCGCAGCAGGCUGCCCUCGAGCCGGCCUUAAAAGCCACCGCCUUGUCCCAAGCGGAAAUCUCCAUCUUGUCCCCGAAACUGAUCUCCGCGUCGGCCAUGUCUUCGGUCUCCAGCUACUCCCCCUUGGCCAUGUCCCUGAAGAAGUAUCCGUCGUCGGUGGAUUCCUCUCUGCAGAACCUCUCCGGACUGAAGAAGGAGGCCCAAGAGGCCCCCAUCCUCGACCUCCACGGGAUCUCCGACUCGACGCAAGGCGUGCUGAGACACGUUAAAAACGAACUGGGGCGUAGCGGGGUGUGGAAGGACCACUGGUGGAACACUGUGCAGCCGGAGAAGAGAAACUCGGUUCCUCCCGAAGACCCCAAGGUGGAGGAGGCCCCGAGCGGGAAGGAGAAGACUGGCAGCCAGUCUCGGUCGGAACGCACCCAGCAGCUCCAAGGGACCUCCUCUUCAGACUACUGGAAGGAGUGGCCGUACGCCGAGUCCCCCUAUUCCCAGAGCUCCGAACUGAGUGUGACGGGGGCCAGCCGCAGCGAGACGCCUCAAAACAGUCCCCUCCCUUCCUCCCCCAUUGUCCCUUUGUCAAAGCCAUCUAAACCUUCCGUUCCUCCACUCACCCCUGAGCAGUAUGAGAUUUAUAUGUACCAGGAAGUGGAUACGAUAGAGCUAACCCGUCAGAUCAAAGAGAAGUUAGCAAAGAAUGGCAUCUGCCAAAGGAUAUUUGGGGAAAAGGUGCUGGGUCUCUCCCAGGGGAGCGUCAGUGACAUGCUGUCCCGACCAAAGCCAUGGAGCAAGUUGACGCAGAAAGGCCGCGAGCCGUUCAUCCGCAUGCAGCUCUGGCUGAACGGAGAGCUGGGCCAGGGAGUCCUACCAGCCCAAGGGCAGUCGCAAGGCCAAGUCCUUCCCUCUGCGUCGUCGCUGCAAGAUUCCCUUCAGCAGGGAUGUGCAAGCUCAGAAAGCACCCCAAAGACUUCGGCGAGUUGCAGCCCUGCUCCGGAGUCCCCUAUGAGUUCCAGCGAGUCCGUUAAAAGCCUCACGGAGCUGGUCCAGCAACCCUGUCCCGCCAUAGAGACGAACAAGGACAGCAAGCUGCAAGAGUCGAGCGAGGCGUCAACUUCGGAUUCGCAGUCCACCACGCCGCUGCCCCUCUCCGGCCACUCAUCCCUCAGCAUUCAGGAACUGGUCGCCAUGUCGCCAGAACUGGACACUUACGGCAUCACCAAGCGGGUCAAAGAGGUGCUCACAGACAACAAUCUUGCGUGGCUGACAAGCCUAAAACGCAGCAGAAGAGGGAAGAAAUGUACCCCAAACCUUGCAUUAGGUCAGCGUCUGUUUGGGGAGACAAUCCUGGGGCUCACGCAAGGCUCGGUCUCGGAUCUUCUGGCUCGCCCCAAGCCCUGGCACAAGCUGAGCUUGAAGGGCCGGGAGCCUUUUGUCCGCAUGCAGCUGUGGCUGAACGACCCCAACAACGUGGAGAAGCUCAUGGACAUGAAGCGCAUGGAGAAGAAAGCGUACAUGAAACGACGGCACAGCUCAGUCAGCGACAGCCAGCCUUCUGAGUCUUCUUCGGUCGGAAUAGACUACAGCCAGGGGGCCAGCCCUCAGCCACAGCAUCAGCUGAAGAAACCCCGUGUGGUGUUGGCCCCAGAAGAGAAGGAAGCUUUGAAGCGCGCUUAUCAGCAAAAGCCAUACCCAUCUCCAAAAACUAUUGAGGAACUCGCCACCCAGCUCAACUUGAAGACUAGCACUGUCAUUAAUUGGUUCCACAAUUAUAGAUCUCGCAUCCGCCGAGAGCUGUUCAUCGAAGAAAUCCAAGCUGGAGGGCAGAGCCAGGGGGGGACGAGCGAUUCUCCUUCUACUCGGAGUAGCAGGGCAGUCCACAGCUCCGAAGGGGACAGUUGCGACGGAGUGGACACGGACGGCCCGCCCGAGGCCAAGCCGGGCAGCCUGGAAGCUGACGAUUACAGCAACACAACCACAAAGUCUCAGGGAGGGCGAGCAGCGUCAGCUUUCGAAGCAGGGGAAGAGGCACUGCGAGACGCCAGAUCUUCAGAGAAAACGGAGACAUUCCAGUUGGAAACGGAGAGCCUCGAAGACACAGAUGACGAGGGCAGGCCGAAAGCGCCGCAUCGGUGUUCUCCUGCAGGCUCUCAGCAUUCCGGAGAAACUCCGGAGACAACGCCAAACUCUGCUCCGGAAGAGGAUGUCUCUACCUCAGCUGCCUCCGCCUCGGUCCUUACGGGGGAGGGCUCCCGCAAGCCGAAGGAGGAUGGCGUGGAGAAAAUCCCCAUUGUGCCAAGUACCAGUUCCACGCCGGCCGCCAGCACUCAGAAAGCCAACUCUCUCGAGAGCUUGUUCGGCUUUCCCGAGGCAGCGUGCACCAGGAAUACGCGGGACAAUACCCUGAGGAAAAAGAAGGCAGCGAAUUUGAACAGCAUAAUCCACCGCUUAGAGAAGGCCGCGAGUCGAGAGGAGCCGGUCGAGUGGGAGUUUUGAGAUUACGCUCACCCAACUCUCAAGAGCUGGGGAAAGUGAAAACUUGGACCUCUUCUGGUUUUAAUUGUGUCCCACACUUACCGCCCUGCAGGCCACGGGGCAAAAAAAAACAAAAACGCCAUAGGCCAAGGUGCAUAUAUCAAACAAAAGGAGCGUUUCAGCCUAGUUUAUGUUUUUUUUUCCCGUGUGUUUUUGAGGAAGAAAACUGAAAUGUGUAGUCCAGCUUUUUUGUACCCCGAAGUGUUUUUAUUAAUUGCCCUAAAAUGAUUUCCACAGUUUCUGGGGGAAAAAAAAAGAAAGAAACUCAUACAGCUUUUGCCUUCUGCCCUUCCUUUUUGGUACGGGCUUUAAAACAAACAGAGAAAAAAAAAUUGUACAAAACGAGAAAAAAAAAAUCAAACCCACAUAUUUAAAAGGGGACUUUUUAUCCGCCAUCUAAUGGCUAAACAGAGUGAUAAUACACUAUUAUCUUCUUGAACCAGGAAAAAAAAGUUGGAAGGGGAAAUGUUUUUGGAGGGGGAAAAAAAGGUUUUUUGUAGCUGUUCAGUUGCCACUAAGAGAUUGCACAGUCAACCAGACUCUAAACACACUAGUUUGAAUUCCUAAAUAUUUUCAAGAAAAGAAUAUUGUUUGAAACUUGGGAUUUAGAAAAAAAACACACACACACACAUUUACUCCACCUAUUUUUUAAACAAAACAAAAAAAAAGUCACAUCAGGAAACAAAUAUCUUAAUUUGUGGUAGCUGACUUAAGUGUGUUUUUUCUUGUAAAGUGGAAUAGAAAAUUGACCUUGUAGUGCACAUUGUUCAUAGCUUUAACCGAUUCUGGUCUCUUUACGGGCUGGGAUUUGUUUAAUACACUCCAUUUUAGGCCAAAUCAGGACAGAAAAAAAAGAAAGAAAAAAAUAAUUCUGAAAAUCUAGGUAUUUUAUAAUCUGCUUUUUAACCUCUAACCACAGAGCACGCAGAUCAGACCUCAUUUGUAGGAGGUUUGGGAGACAACUUGGAACGGGGUCAUACUUGGUCGCUUUCGGUUUGAGUUAUUUGGCAUUGGCCUCGCAGAGGGGCCCAUGCAAGUUCCUACCCCACAAGAAUGGUUUUUUUUCCCAGAUCUCAUCUAUCUGUGUUAGUUAUUGGUUGCCCCUAUACGGGAAAAAACACCAGCUUUUGAAGGAGAAAUUUGGGUAGCUAUUUAUGCACCAACAUUAUACAUAUUUUUUUUUCCAACGGUUGUUGGGAAAGCGGUAGGCCACUGUGACUCCCACCUGGAAAGAGAAUGGGGUGGAGGCGUACUUUACAGUGAGAAGCAUUGACAACGGUUUACAUCUCGAUAGGAACUCAUCAAUUGCUGUGUACUCCUUCGUUGGAGUGUCGUACCAGAUCUUGCCUCCUCCUGCCCAGAUUUUUUUAAAAGGCCUGUUUUAGCCAAUACCUUUUCACCACUUAGUUCCUUAAUCGUCAUUUCUGGUCCCACAACGAGCACUGAUUUCCCUGGGUUCCAGUUGUGGGAAGGGAAUGGUGGGCAGGGAGGAGUACACCGCACUUGAUUGUUAACAUUUAAACCACCAAAUUCCCAAAGGAUAUGGCAGCACACCCUUCCAAAGUAAUUUUGCCCUCUCCCAAUCGUUGCCUCACCCAAAGGCUGAUCACAGUAUCUGUCCGGAUUCCAACGUGUCUCCAAUGCCUCCUGUUGUCUAUGUGUGUGUAUAUGCGUGAGCAUAGAGGAGCAUGGAAGGACGACUGUGUGCGUGUGUGAAUGUGUGUGCGUGCAAUUUUAUACGUCUGUAUUUUCUUACGUACCUGUGCACGCGUAGAGUGCAUUUACUGCCACCUGUUUCCAAUAAGCUGUUUUAUCAGUUAUGGCUUCUACAAGUUUUUGCUGACUUAGAUUCCUUUUAUUGCCAUAUCUUUAAAAACUAACAAUAGAUGAUUUCGGUAUAUAUAUAUUUUUUUUGCUUAUUUAUAGGUGCUGUAUUUUAUUAUCUGAUUGUUAGGAAGGGAUUGAAGGGGGCAAAUAUUCUUUAGAGGGAUAGACUGCCGGCAGUAUUUGGGUAUAAUUUACAAGAUGUAGUUGUCAGACUGUAUAUUGUUGAUGGGCAAUUUUUUCUGGUCUUUUUUUUUCUUUUUUUUUUGGUUUGUUUUGGACCGUAUUGUGUAUCAUGGAAAAACGUUUGUCUUAGGUCAACAUCUUCUGAUGACACUUUAAUGGUGCGUUCAUUACUUAAGUUCUAACUGCUAUUUACUUUUUGAUACGGGGGAGCGGGGCAAGGGGGGGGAGGCAUCCGGAUUGAAAGGAAUGUUCCCAACCCGAUACUCUGAACUCAACAUGCGUGUGUUCAUUUAGUCAACCUUUAAAAAAAAUAUAUCUUUUGAACCCUAAGAUGUAAAACCACCUUUAACAAAAGAAAAUAGCAAAGAAAGUGUUUUUCAUUCUACAGUCUCUCUUCAAAGUGUGACAACAGCCCUUAGUUCUGAUCUUCAUACAUUUUAAGAGUUCGGUAGCUUUAAAUUUAAAAAAAAUGCCUUUUCAUGGCCCAAAACAAAGGCUCUCGGAGGCUGGAAGGCAGGGGUGUUUUUACCAUGUCAGCUUUGGGGAUCUGAAUUGUUAGCUUGUGAUGCUUAAAAAAAAAGAAGGAAGAAGGGAAGAAACCAGAGUUCUACCGGCUGAUUCUAGCGUGGCCUGCGGAAGAAAACUUUCAAAAAUAACGUUAGCGUUUUCUUUGAUUAUGGUUGCAAACAAGAAGAGCCAAGCUUUGCCACCAAGCGUCAAAUACCCCCAAUCAGCACUAGUGGGCAGUAUCCCUGACUCCUAGACAUAAUCUUUUCUGAGCAGGUUACCGUUUUGUCACGAACGCAUCCUCGAAAGCCAUGUUUCCAUCCACUCCAUCAUGCACCGAGGCAAGCAACCUGAGCAUGAUGGAAUGGGGCUUCCAAGCUGUGCUCAUACCAUGGAGGAACCCCGACUUCCUGCUUAAACAGGAAGUCCCCAUGCCCGCAUGACCUUAGUAUCCACGCCCAGCAAAAACCGCCCUACUUCCUUUUCUCUUCAGCCAAGCUUCUGAGUUGGCCAACAAAGAGAUUUUCUGGUGUUCAGAUAAUUUAUAUACUUUAUGACAAUAGAUAUCUCAGUCUAAUUUAUUUUUUAAUCUCUCCCAGGUAGACUAGGAUAUGUGUGGCGCAGUAAAAAAAAAAGUAGGGGGGAGGGGGUUGUUGCUUGGUUUGUUGUUUUUUUCUUUUUACUGUUUUCUCUCAUUAUGGUCCUUGACCGACUGGUGUCUGGGUCCACCAACACUCGCUUUGCAUAGCUCCCUGGGGGUUCGUCACUUGCGUGAUGAGCAGGGCAGACCCAAGCUUAGCAUUUGGGGUUCUGUUUCCUGUCUGGAUAAGCAAUAUAAAAGUGCCUUGAAAAAAAAAUAAUAAUAAAACAGGUGGGGGGGAUCAGGUUAUGUGGAGCAGCAUCUCAUUCAAGCCACGCGUUCAGAAUUCUGUUCUUUCUCCUGCCCCUCCCCCAGGUCGGCUGCCAAAGCAGUUAUUGUUAUGUAUUCUGCCGCCUUCCCUCUAGAAGCAAAAUCCGGCGGCUCCUAAAACGAUUUGCAGAAUGAAGAUAUAUUGAGGCUAUUUUUGAAAAGAAA